UGCAGUGCGGAGAGAUGAUGGCAAACACACACAGAGUGGCCUGACUGCCUUACUUUCCUCACCGAGUCCAGACGCGGUUUAGCCUGACGGUGCUGUUAGCUAGAACCGCAACGGAGCAGUAAUGUAGUACAAAACUACCAGCAUGGAGCAAGUUUGGAAGAACGGUACCGUGCUGGGUUAAACGGGUCUGACUGCAGAGUGAAAAUGGAACAAGGAGAGGUGGCGGUGAUGUUGGCUGAGAUGCAGCAGUGCCUGCAGCGGGAAGGUUUAGGUGCGGAAGCUUCCAGUUUUGACCGCCUGGCCGUGCUGUGGCGACUCUAUCAGGAAAAAGAAAACACUGUAAGGACUCUCACUCAGGAGAUACAGGAGCUACGGGCCGAACGUGCUGCAGAGAUCAAGACUGUUCAGCAGUACGUGGAGAACAUCCGGAGUCUCUCAAAAACACGGGACUCAAUGGCUCUAGAGCUGGAGCAGGAUAAUGAAAUGCUCCGCACCAAACUUGAUGACAUCACUCUCCAGCAAGAAGCUCAGAAGAGCGAGAUAGCGGAGAUGUUGCUGCAGGAGGGCCUGGCCGAGGUCAUUCCCAGCAGCCUCAGCGAGCAGGUGGCUUACCUACUGGCAGAGAGAGCUUCUCUCCUGGAGAAACGUCAAGAGGCUGUGGACACCAAUGCCCUGCAAAAGUGUGCUCAAAACACCUCACCACAGAGUUCUGAGGAGAACCCAGACAAAGUGGAGUCGCUGCGAGGACAGAGCCCUUGGAAGAGGCUCUUAGGGAUCAGGAAGGCUGCACAAACCAGGCAGAUAUUUACUCCUGUGGUUAAUGAGGGCAGUGGCAGUGGGGAGAAUGCAUUAAAAGAGCGCGAGCGCUGGUUGUUGGAGAGGGAUCUGGACGAGGCCUCCAGCAGGCUGGACAUGGCCCACAGGGAGAUCCGCCGGCUCACGGAUGAGCUGGAGUCAGCUCGCCUCACUCAGAGGGCCUACGAGCCAGAGCUGCAGGAAGCUCAGCUAGAAGUGGAGCAACUCAGGCAGGAGGUGGAGAAGCUCAAACGCUGUGAUGUGGCUGAGCUUCGCAGGGCUAAAGAGAUGAAUGAGGCGCUGGACGCGGAGGUCCGUCAGCUGAGGGACAGUGUGCACAGAAUGCAAACAGAACGCUUCCAACUCCUUGAGCUGAUUGACUUCAAAAUUGAGGACUUGGACAGUGAGGAUGAUGAAGAUGUCCAGGCUUUCUUCCAGAAACUAACAAAGAGUCGUGUGGCCAGCACUGGCUCUCUGUCCAAAAGCAAGAAGAGGAAAGAAAAGGACGUCCAUAAAAGAUGCUGUACAGAGCUGGAGGAUCAAAAACAGGCUGUUUUGAAGCUCCAGACUGAGCUUGAGGAGGAAAGGAUGCUGCAGAAGAAGACAGUGGAGGAGUGUAAUGACCACAGUAAGAGGCGGGUGGCGGCAGAACAGCUGAAUGUGGAACUCCGAGCUUUGUGUGAACAGAAGGAGGAAGAGCACAAGACCAGAGUCCAGCAGCUUCAGGAGAAGCUGGCGUCUCUGAACGCUGAACUGGGCCAGUUAAAGUCUGCUCUCCAUAAGCAGUGUGAGCAAGCCAGACAGCAGCACAUGGCUCUGCAGGCUCAGGCUGACCGGGCCAAGGUCCUCUCACAGUCAAAGGAGCCUCUGCUGCAGCAAGCUCAGUCACAGUGCAGGCAGCUGGAUGAGGAACUGCAGAGGGUCCAGGGACUCCUCGAAAACACCAAGAAGGAGCUGCUCACUCAGACUGAGACGAGUGGCCACCUUCAGAGGAACAUUGGCGUCCUGGAGCAGGAGAAGCUGAGGGUGGUUACUGAGCUACAGGAGGCCCAGGCCAAAGUGACACAACUGCAAGACAAAGAAGCAUCGCAGGCUGCCGAGCUCAAGACCCUGCAGCUAAAGCUCCAGAUGCAGCAGGCUCAGUGGGAACAAGACAAGUCCCUCUUACAGCAAGAACAAGAGAAACUCAGCUCCACCCGGGUUCAGUUUGGCUCCAUGGAGAAGGAGAUUGAAGGUCUCCAGCAGCAGCUGAAGAGUGCCACCCAGCAGCUCCGUGUGGUGGAGGAGGAUCGUAACGCACAGAACUCCACGCUGGAGCAGAAAGUCAGAGACAUGCUGGAGGAGUUUGAUACGCUGAAGAUCCAAGCUGAGAACGCUCAAAAGCAAAGGGAGCACUUGGCCGAGAGAGAAAGGGAGCUCCAGCAGCAAGUGCAGUCUCUGCUGACCACCAACACUCAGCUGACCAUUGCAAAGGCAGAAAUGAGUCGAGUCCAGGACCAACAGCGCAAAGAGCAAAAUGAGUUCAGGCAGGUCAUAGUGAAGCUGGAGGACAAACUGAAGUGCAGUCAGCAGGAGACUGAGAAUCUCCAGAUCCAACUUCAGCACGCUCACUUUAACCUGCACUCUCAGAUCAGCAAAUAUCAAGACAAGAAGGGUCGCCACAAAGAGAAGCUCUGUGAAGCCAAAGAGGUUUACCUGAGAGAGACAGCCUGGAGAGAUGAAAAGAUCAGGGAGCAGGAGAGAGAGCUGAGCGUCCUCGCCAAGAGGACGGAGAAGGAGAGUGAGAUGGUGAAGAAGGUCACAGCUGAGAAUGAAGUGCUGCUUCUCAGCAAGAAACAACUGCUGUGUCAGCUAAACGAGGAGGAAGAGCGCAGAAGACACGCAGUAGCCACAGUCACGGCUCUUCAGCAGAGGGUGGAUUUUCUCGAGAAAGACAGUGUUCGACAGCGCGACCUUAACAUGAUAAAGUCCAAGCAGAUUGCAAAUCUGGAGGGGCUGCUGCAGGACAAGCAGUGUCUGAUCAGUACUGAGGAUCUCAAGAAGUUGUCUUCAUUUGAGAACCGUAUCAUUGAGGGCUCAGAGCAGGCCAACUGCAGUGAGAGGGGAUUCGAAACGUUUGACCUUCUAGCGAUCAUCCAGAAAACAAAAUCCAGUCCAACAGAGGAGCCUGCAGCUCUGACCCGAAGCCGUGCCUCGGAGAUGGACUAUCUGAACUGACCACAGGAAUCUGCACACACCCCUCGGCACCCAUCGCAGCACAAAAACAGCUUCAGAAGAGAACGUGCAACACUGAACAGCGCCGAAAAGUAAAAUGAGUUUAUUUAAUGGAUGCUCUGAGCAGCAUGGAUGACGUGUGACUGAUCUACACAGCACAAAGCACUUUUUCUUUGAUGGGCUGAUAUAUAUGUAUGCAGUGUUGAUUAUCUGCUUAUGUAAGCUAUUUUGUGAGUACAUAUUGGGAUUUGUAAGAUUAUUUACUAUAUUUUGUUCUUUAUAAUGAUGCUAUUUAUUGAAUUUUGCAAGCUAUGUGGAAUUUAUAUGUUUAUUUAUGACGAGGCUGAAGCUGAGCAGUUUUAUAUUGUGUACCAGUGGCUACGUUCACAUGACAGGCCUCACUGCUCAAUUCCGACUCUUUUUCCAGAUCCAAUCUUGAUGGUUCACAUUUGUGUAAGGAAGUGGCUCACAUCUGUCAUUAGUGUGAACGAAGCUGUGUCCUGAAAUGACGUGAUUGAACCCAGUGCGUCAUGAACAACAAACUAAGCAGGAGAAUAAGGUUUUAUCGCAGGGUAAUCUGCCCUGAAGAGCUCUCAGCUGUUCAUUAUUGGAGCAAGACAAAAGUGAAAAGGGUCAGAUGCUUUUUCACCGUUUACUGCUGCUCCCACGUUAACGCAUAAGUGAAAAAGUGGUCGCAGGUUCACGAAUCGGAUAUGCAUCUGAUCUAGGUCCACAUAUAAAAGGCCUUGUUCAGACUGCCAGGCCAAAUCUGAUUUUUGGCUUGUCCAGAUUGUAUUCAGAUUGAUUUGUGAUGGUCUGAACAGCAAAAAAAACACACGAGACCCAAAGUUUGCAAAUCGAAUUCAAACCACAUGUGGAGGUGGUUUGAAAUGCGAUUCCAGUGCGUCUCAGUUUGGACGCUCUGGCCACUCAAAUCGGAUUUCAAAGUGUCCUUUGCGUCACUCACAAUGCAACAAACAACGACAAAGUCAAAUCCAGAACUAUGGAAGUGCUGGGAUUCAAGAAGACAGCAAAAGAUUCAUUUUUAUGCCAAAGAACCUUGAAGAGUUUGGAGGGUGACAUGAUGCACCUCCGUCUCUCCUGCAUCACCAGUGUAGCUACAUAGUUACUGACACCCCCGUUGUUACCACAGCAACCCAUGCAGAUAGGUGAUGUCUGGGCACACAAAUCCAAUCUGAUCUCUUGCAAAUGGACAGUCGUCUAAAAUGAUCUGAUUUCAGAUGCAGAUCCGAUUUGCCUGCAGUCUGAACAUAGCCAAAGUGGCUAAGAUCUGAGUUAAAAAGAUCAGAUUUGCGUCUCCACAGUGCUCUGAAAAAAUCAGGUCUGUCUCAUUAAUCCAAAAUAUCAGAUUUUGCCAUUUUAGCCUGGUAAUGUGAACGUAGCCAAUGUGUGCUUUUAUACUAGAGAUGCAUAUCAGAAUCAUAUCUGAUCACAUAGUUGCUUUAAAAAAGAUGUUUAGAUUUGACUGAUAUUUCAAACUGAUACUUGAUGAUGUAUUUAUUGUACUCUGUCUAAUGCAGCGCUGGGCUGCUGUGCUAAAUGUCUGCAUUAUAUUUAUUUGACUGCGUCUGUUGCAGUAGAACUUGUCCCAAAUUUCUACACUUUAAAAUGUUUAUGUAUCAGUAUCAACACAUACGUACACAAAAAUAACAGAUACCGGCAUCAGCCCACAAAUUAUGUACCAUCGAUGACCUAGUUUUAUUUAAAACACCAUUUUAUAGUGCAGUGAAUGCAGUUUCUAAGAAUGUUGUCACACCAGAUUGAGCUUUACAUCAUAAAACACAAGACCACAAAAAUAUCCAGACUUUUCUGAUUUAUUUUCUUUCCUUAUUUAUACAAAGUCCUUUCUAAGUCUUGACUUUGCAUAUAGCAGCCAAGGCAAACUUUAUAGAGUACCACAAUGCAAGACAAAUAAAAAAAACAUAUUUGUAAUAACUAGACAUUUUAUAUAAAUGGGUUAACACAUAAGUAUUUUAUAGUUUAUUUACAGAAUAUUCAUGCUAGGAAAUUAAAAAAAGCCAUACAGUACUGAGUACAGUGAAAACACCAGUAUGGUAAACUUGUAUAUAAAAUGUGAUGAUAAUUAGUGAUAAAAUAGUUAAGGCUUGACUGUAUAGAAAAUAAUAUAAUGGCAAUUAUUAAUACUUAGUCAUGAUAAUACAUGGAUGAAAAGACCAGAGACAUUUUAAACAUAAACAUAUG